CGGCUGGGCCACUUACGUAUGGCGCCAUGUCCAGGCAGCAGAGCAGGCCCCCGACUCGAGCGAAAAAGGCUUUCCGCCAACCUUAACCCAACCAACCCACCUCCGCACGUAAUAAUUCCUUCUUUUGAUCAACACAAGCCCAUCUUCCAAUCAAUCCUCUGUGCGACGUACCCAAUGACACAGUAGGCCCGUCUUGAUGGAUUACCAAACAUUCAACAGCCCCCAGCCCUCGUUUGGCGCUCCCGGGGCCUUCUCCUCAGCGCCCACACCACCCACCUCGUCCCAACCCUCGCAGUCACACUCUCCUUCCCCGCAACUGUACGCGGAUCCACAGGCCCGGCUACACCAGCAGCAUUCCCAGCACCAGGCACACCAGCUGCCCGCCGCCCACCAACACCACCAGCAGCAGCACCACCAGCAGCAGCAGAUCCCGAACCAGCCUUCCCCUUUCCCCUACAACCAGCAGCAGCAGCAGCAACACCACUUCACCAAUGGCCAGCCCGGGGGGUUUCCCGCCCACUCCUCGAGCGGUACCUCCUCCCUGACCGGUGGCGCCUCGAUGAUGCAUCAAGGCCAAGCCCUGUCGUCGCAGCAGCAGCAACAACAGCUUCAUCACGCCCAGGCCCAGGUCCAGGCUCAAGCUCAAGCACGAGCACACCAGCAACAAAUGCAGCAUCAUCAGCAGCAGCAACAGCCCUCGCCCAGCCCUUACUCGAGCGCGCCCUUCGCCCAACCCCUUGCCUCCCCUGCCCAUCCUUCCCAACAUCCACAACAGCAGCAGCAGCAGCAGCAUCAGUUCGUCCAGCAUCGCCAGACCGCGUCGCCAUCCAGCGUAAGCAGCAGCAACAAUAACAACAACAUCAACAACCACGCCGCUCCCCCAUAUGCCACCCCGAAUGCCCAGCACCGCCAAUCGCCCAGUGUACCCUCAACUACCCAGCCUAUGAACCAAUCAACCGGUCAAUCUGCCAUGUCACAAGUCCAGACUCCUGUGAAGCCCGUCCCCCCAUCCCCUGUGUCGCCUGGCUCCCAGCUGCGCGAAAAGCAGCGGAUAGAUACCCUGCUCGACAUAAACCAGAUGUUGAUACAGGAGGUGAUAGACUUGCAAAGCCAGGGUAAAGCUGGUCAGAUCGGUCCCUCGCCCGAUGGGAAAGCCGAGGGUGACAAGCCGCAACAGUCGUCUGUGGAGUAUAGAGAGUGUAUGCGCCGUCUCCAAGCCAAUCUCUCCUAUCUUGCGAACAACGCUGAACGACACUCGAAACCCAACCAAUCUGUACUACCCGGACCUGCUAUAAUGUCCCCUCCGACAUCAUCCGAUGAGUUUGCAAAAUUAUAUACCAAACUGCAGUCCUUGUUUCCUGGAUGGAGAGGCGCACCUGCCAACAAGGCAUCCCCCGGUCCCCAGCGGCUCAAUUCGACAUCUUCUCAAUCUGGCGCGAUUCCAAAUUUCAACAGCCCAAUGCAACCGCCCAAUAGCGCGGGAUUGCAGAACAAUAUGCAACCCCCCAACAGUGCUGGACUGCCUCCCAACAUGCAACUUCCGAGCAAUGUGAACAUGAUGAACAGCACGCAAAAUCACAAUAUGCAACAAUGACAAUCAUAGCGUCUGCCAUGGAAUCACUGCAAACUUCAUCUGGCGUUCAAUAAGCGGCAUACUACAUGUAUUUCUAUAAUCUUUCGGGUGGGGCAUGAGGCGAACUCGCAAUCGGUGUAUGUUCUGGUCAAUGUAUCAAAAAAAAGUUAGACUGGAAAUUUUCUUUUUCAACUCCCUCGAGGAAGGGUUAUUGUACGGAAGGUAUCAGGACAAAUUGGUUUGAAUGCGAGGAGCGCUUCACCUAGCGUGCUCGUCUUUGCAGACACUUUGGUUGGCCAGACUCCAAACCUGCGAUAAUAUCGCAAGAGACCGAAAAGAAACACUGUUGAAAGGUCUCCCAAUGAAGUCUUCAAAUGUUCCUGGACAAUCGAUCAGAUAUGGACCGUGCACAAAUACGAUAUCACGUGAUAUACAAUCUCGCCAUCCAAUGUCGUCAUCUCUG